GGCAUACAUUCCAUUCCCCUUCUCACGCCUUCACCCUGCAGCUUCUUCCAGAAGCUUCUCGAAACCUGAAUUCACGCUCACCACCUGAUCCCCAUGGCCUCCGGCGAGGGUGCCGGCGAUCCGCGGGCCGCGGCCGCCAGCGGUGAGGCAGAGGCCAAGAUGGAGACGGGGGAGCAGGAGGGGCCGGUGCUGUGCCUCGACCUGACGAGCUACCAGCUGCACGAUCUGAGCGAGGUGGAGAUCCCGCCCACGCUGGAGGAGGUCGACCUCACCGCCAACCGCCUCUCUUCCGUCGACCCGCGCAUCGGCCGACUCGCCGGCCUCCGCAAGCUCUCCUUCCGCCAGAACCUCCUCGACGAUGCCGCCGUGGCGCCGCUCUCGUCCUGGGACGCAAUCGCCGGAUUGCAGGAGUUGGUCCUUAGAGAUAACAAACUUACAAGGAUUCCUGAUGCCACCAUCUUCAAAGGUCUCCUGAUUUUCGAUGUAUCAUUCAAUGAGAUAUCUUCCUUGACUGGGCUGUCCAAGGUUUCCAGCACAUUGAAGGAACUUUAUGUUUCAAAAAAUGAAGUGGCAAAGAUGGAAGAACUUGAACACUUCCAUGCAUUGGAAAUUCUUGAACUUGGCAGCAACAGAUUAAGGGUGAUGGAAAAUCUUGAAAGCUUGACAAAUCUACAAGAGCUAUGGCUGGGAAGAAAUCGAAUUCGAACUGUAAACUUGUGUGGUUUGAAACUGAUCAAGAAAAUAAGUUUGCAAAGCAACAGAUUAACUUCAAUGGAUGGGUUUCAGGAAUGUAUUGCAUUAGAGGAACUGUACCUCAGCCAUAAUGGUAUUCAAAAGAUGGAAGGCCUCUCUACCUUGCAGAACCUCCGUGUUUUGGAUGUUUCAUCUAACAAGCUAACCGCUAUAGAAAAUAUUGAAACCUUAACCAGGUUGGAGGACCUGUGGUUGAAUGACAACCAAAUACCAUCACUAGAUGGAAUAGAGGCUGCUUUGGCUGGUUCACGGGAGAAAUUGACAACCAUAUAUCUUGAGCGAAAUCCCUGUGCAAGAACUCCAAAUUACUCAUCCACAUUGAAGCAAAAAUUUCCGAACCUUGAGCAAAUUGAUUCAGAUAUUAUAGCAUGAAACUGGCGAAUCAUUGCAUAGAAUGCUCUGGCAAAGUAGGCUUGUUUCUCUCUUUCUUUUUUUUUCUUCCGAAGAAGGCAUCUUGAGCUUUGUGAAGGAACAGCUUAGACUUUUGAUCAAGCUCAGACAUUGUGGAACCAGUUUGGCUGCAACUGUUCCCGGCCUAUGGUUGCUAUCGCCAACUCUGCCCCAUGGAUUUAGAGAAGUCGGUCAGGAUUAUGUAGGCUUGAGUCCCUACGAGCUGAAUAGUAGUGAUCGGUGACCAAAUAAUGAACGAUUGAUGUUUGAACCAACGGGAGAUGUGGUAGGAUUGUCAUAGGGUCGAGCGUCCCGUGCCAAUGUUGCAUUUGCUUUCUCUGUAGCGUUAGUUCUCGGUGCUUAUUUUCCUUCGUGAGAUGAGAAUAUACUAUGAGACGAGGAACACUUAGCAGCUCGUCUGUACUCUAUUGAAGCAGACACGUGUACGUUGUAUGGCAAUUUGCAAGGUUGUGACACGGUGGACUGCAACUUCUUGAUAAGACCAGUUUUGUA